CUAAGCUGCUUGAGUGAACUGAUCCAACUAUAUCAAGAACCUUUGAGAACAAAAUUUUCAAGCACACCUGAAGGAGUCAGACAGAAACCUACGGGUGUCUUGACCUGAUUAUCAUGGAACCUGACGACUUUGAAGACAAGGAGAUGUUGAGCUGGGAUAUUAAUGAUAUGAAGCUGCCACAGAAUGUGCAAAAGACUGACUCGUUCCAGGAGUGGCCAGAUUCCUAUGUGAAGCAUGUCUAUAGCUCUGAAGACAGGAACGCACAGAGGCACCUGAGCAGCUGGGCCAUGCGCAAUACCAACAACCACAACUCCCGCAUCCUCAAGAAGUCCUGCCUGGGCGUGGUGGUGUGUGGCCGCAACUGCUCUACAGAGGAGGGGCGCAAGAUCUACCUGAGACCUGCGAUUUGCGACAAAGCCAGGCAGAAGCAGCAGCGGAAGCACUGUCCCAACUGCGAUGGACCGCUCAAGCUCAUUCCAUGCCGAGGCCAUGGUGGAUUCCCGGUCACCAACUUCUGGAGGCAUGAUGGCCGCUUCAUCUUUUUCCAGUCAAAGGGGGAACAUGAUCAUCCAAAACCAGAAACCAAGCUGGAAGCCGAAGCAAGAAGAGCAAUGAAGAAAGUGCACACUGCACCUUCCUCCAUCUCCCUAAAGCUGAAGAGGAGCCCAGACACAAGGCCUUUUCCAGGUGAAACACAAAGUCAAGGAAGUUUCCCUUUAACUUGGUCUUUCCAAGAGGGUGUCCAGUUGCCUGGUAGUUACAGUGGACAUUUAAUAGCUAACCCUCCCCAGCACACAGCCUUCAGUGAUUGCUUAUCAUUCUCCAAGAGCUAUGGUCCGGGGGAAACCACCAGUCUGGCAGACCAGGCUUCCAUGCUGGACCCCCCCAAGCUCUAUGAAAAGCGCAGAUUUUCCUCCAAUAGGCUGUACAAUAGUGGAGACCUGCUUCAGCCUUCUGCCUCUGGAGCCUACCCGGAUUAUGACGAUCUGCAACCAUGGAGCAAAAAUGCUGCUUUGGGGAGAAAUCCUCUUAAUGACAAUUAUUGCCCCAAUUACCCUUUUCCUCUGACCAGCUGGCCUUGUGACUUCUUUCCUUCCCAGAACUCUUCCGAACCCAUUUCCCAGCAGAUUCCGUUGGAACCACCUGCAGCCAAAACUGGCUGCCACUCCUUAUGGCCAAAUCCAGGAGGAGAGGUUUAUGAAGAGAAAGCACCCGUGGAUUUGAACAGCUAUGUCCCUUCCUUCAUGUACCAUGCACCCCAGGAAGACCCCUUUCUCCUCACCUAUACCUCUCAUCCUCACCAGCAAUAUUCACUGCCAGGCAAGAGCAACAAGUGGGAGUUUGAGGAAGAAAUGAUGUGCAUGGAUUUGGAGCACUGCAACAGUGAAAUGUUUCUAAACCUCUGUCCUUUAAGAUGACUGAAUUACCCUGCACACAUAUACACACGCUCACAUGUGCUUUGGGAAAAUGGCUGGAAGAAUCUCCUCAGGGAAAAAAUUUCAAAGAUGUUCUCAUUGAUUUCAAUGGAAAUCAUGACAAGUAAUGGUCAAGACUUCUCUCCUCACACAAGUCAUCUUUUUGACUCCUCUUCCACACUAGUACUUCCUUCCUAAGCAGGCAUUGGAAAUGUGUCCAAUCUGUAGGUGAAAGAGCUUUGCUCCCCACCUCCCACCCUCCAGUGUUGGGGGGCUCUCAGCACCUCAGUUAUCCCUUGAGUUUUCUUUGUCACAGAUGCAUCUCGAUCAGAGCAGAGAUAUGGAAAGCGCACCUACCUAGGAUCUUACCUAUGCCUUCUUAGGGACUGAUACUGAAGGAACAGAAACUGGAUGGGUGGAAAAGCUGAAGAUUCUGCCGCUGAGCUGUUCCAUACUCUGUCUAGUCCUGGGGUUAGUUUUUAAAAGGUGUGUUUCCUGGGUGAUUUCUAAGACUUGCCAUACAGGAAGAUGCCCUAACCCCAUGUUAUAAAGAGCAGAAAAAGUAAAUGGUCACACAUAGAGAAAUUCUGGCGGUGGCUAAUGGCUUCCUCUGUCUUUCCUUCCCUUCUCCUUCCCCAGUGACUUCUUCCACAAGGGCUUGGGUUUUGUCCUCUUUAGCUUUACUCUUAAUGGCACCAAACUCAGUGCCAUGUUUGUAAUACAGGGGAAAAUGUUUAUAGAAGUCUUAGUGUAAUUAUCAUAGCCAUGGUUGGCCAGCAGUAUUUGAAUGCAACUUCCUCUUCUUUGCUGAAGUACUUUAUGUUAAAGGUGAGUCUAGCCAUGAACUUUGGAAAGAGCCAUACAAUAAAAAG